AUGGCUUAUGGUCAUGUACAAAGUGGUGUGAAAUGGUAUGGAGAAAGGAAGCUGGUGUAUCCCGGGGCUUUUCGUCUUUAUGAUGUCGACAACGAUGGUUUCAUAACCCGAGACGAGAUGUACAACAUCGUAGACGCUAUAUAUCAGAUGGUGGGUCAACAACCACAAGCCGAAGACGAAAAUACGCCACAAAAACGAGUGGAUAAAAUAUUUGAUCAAAUGGAUAAAAAUCACGAUGACAAACUUACACUGGAAGAGUUCCGGGAGGGUAGCAAGGCGGAUCCGAGAAUUGUGCAAGCGCUUUCACUCGGUGGAGACCAUAACAAUGCUACAGCUCCCCAAGUAGCCACCACAUAAGUCUGUCGGAUGAGAGUUUUUCCUACAGAUUGACUUUGUUAUCUAUAUUUUUUGUGUCUAAUUUUUUGUCCUUUACUUACACUAUAUUUUAAUAAUAUUGUAAUUUUUCUUAUAACAAUAUACUUAAACAUUUUUAUGAAUUCUUAUGUAAAUUACUGUACUCGGAAUAUUAUAGUUUAAUCUUACAGUUAUAACAAUAAUAUAAGAUUGUGUCUCAUACUCUUAUCCAUCUUAGUGGAUAGAAGAACUUUCAGAAUAAUAUGUAGCGCUUAUGUAUAUAAUUAUUAUAGGUAUUAUCAGCGUUAUGGUUUUAUACCUUCAUAAAUAAACGUGUAAUACAUGCGUUUAUUAUAUAUACGACUAAUUUUAAUAAUUUCUGUGUGAAAAAUAAAUUCAUACAUUGUGUAAGCACUUAUA